GUUUUCGAUAUUCGGUCAAAAAGCAACUGGGAAAAGCGUAGAGUAAGAGAGCAAUCUCAUUUUAAGGAUAAUUUCCCCAUGCAUGCAUGCAUGAAUCAAUCAAUAAUUUAUUCUCCUUUUCUAAACUAAACUAUGGGAACAAUAAUGGUGUUUUAAUCAGAUGACAGUGUCUGUACUGGAUUAUUUUUUUUUCAGUGAUUCUGCUGACUGCCUACUUGAAUAUUGGAUUCUUUGGGGGAAUAAUUUUAUGCACUCACAGAAAUAUCUGCAUUAUAAUAUACGCAAGUCAAAGUGAAUUCUCUCAAAAAAUAUGACGGAUGGAUUGUCAAUUAUGAAGACAACAGAAGAUUCUAGUGGCACUGGUACUAAGUUGGAUUCAUCAGUAGACGGUACUACUGUCGACAGUAAUCCAGUUCCUAGUUUGAAAAGAAAUGCCAGUCAAAUAGAAUCUUUUGAAGAAGAUACUGAUCCUGAAUAUGCUAGAAAAGUAAUGCUGCUGGGACCAGAGGUUUCAGAAGGUGAAUUAAAUGAUGAAUCAGCCAUACCUAAGACAGUACAGAAUGCCUCUUUUGAAUCCUCGAUAUCAUCUCCAGCUUCAGUUUUGAGUACAACAGUCAAAACAGUAGUGGUAUCCAGUACAAUAAAUUCAUGUGAUACCUCAAAACCAACUACUACAAUUACUGAUACUUCUGUAAACCUCCAAAAUUCCCAUGAAUCAUCUUCAACGCAUCCUGGACAUCAACAAAGACAACAACAACAAAAGCAGCAAACAGAAAAAGGAUCAGUUAAUAAUACAUCUACUGGGAGUAGUCCUCGUAGAUUGCAUGUUUCCAAUAUUCCUUUUCGAUUCCGCGAAGCUGAUUUACGAUCUCUAUUGGGUCCUUAUGGUCCAAUACUGGAUGUGGAAAUUAUUUUCAACGAAAGAGGAUCUAAAGGUUUUGGUUUCGUUACAUUCAUGAAUGCAGCUGAUGCAGAAAAAGCCCGCGAAAAUCUUAACGGUCAUGUUGUUAUGGGCAGAAAGAUAGAGGUGAAUCAUGCGACUACACGAGUACUAACAAAGAAACGAAAUGACACAGUGUCAACUGGUAGUGCCGGCGGAAAUAAAGUUCAUCCCUUUAGUAAUCAAAACAUGGUGCUGAACUCUGGUCCUAAUGGGACUGGUACACUUGUCUCCAGAUCAAGACAAACUGGAACAACAUCAGGAAAUAGCAGUAAUAUUGUCGCUGCAGCAAUAUCAGCCGCUGCAGCUGCAGCUGCAAUGUCAGGUGCUGGAGUUGUCAAUAGUCCACUGAAUGGUUUACAUCAUUUUUCAGGCAUACAUUCAAAUAGCUAUCCAGGAAACAAUUUACUUUUUGGUCAAAAUAAUAUGGUAUCUCUAGGGAAUUCAAUCAGUACAUCUGUAGCAGCACUGUCUUCAUCGUCGACACCAACAGUUGCAAAUAUAGCCAGUUUUCUGAAAGCUCAACAGCAACAGCAACAUCAACAGCAGCAGCAGCAACAACAACAAAGUUUAGUAGGAGCUGCUACGACUGCUGCUGCCUUACAACAACAACAACAGCAACACAACCCAUUGUGCAAUACAAAUGAUCCAAAUGCUCAAGCUAUUCUUGCCGCAUUAACACUUCAAAAUUUCAAUGUUUCUAAUCCAUUAAUUACAUCCCAGCUAUUAAAACAACCUUUAAGUGGUCUUUCAUUCCCAUUGGAUAAUGUGAUUUCAAAUCUCCCGCUACAAACACAAACUCAUUCACAUCAACAGCAGCAACAACAACAACAACAGCAAACACAAUCAAGUCUAUUCAAUAAUAAUAAUAACAAUAAUAAUAAUAAUAUGAGUACUACUGGUACCACUAAUCUAAUGAAUACAAGUAAUAAUGGUAUUAAUCCAUUUGCUUUAAAUGCUGCCGCUGCCCUUGCUGCUGCUGCUACCAAUCCAAAUAUUGGCACUGAUUUACUACUGAAUUCACAACCGGGUAGAGCUUAUCAGCUGUUGAAACCAACCUUUGCAAAUCUAAAUCCACUGGGAUCAAAUAAUCUUACUUCGCUUAACACCCCACUUGUCGGUUCAAAUUUAAAUCUUUCAUCUGCUGCUCAACUUGGUCUACCAUUAAUGAAUAACACGAAUGCACAAAAUCUGAAUCUUCUCACAGCAGCAUCAUCACAGCGGCAGCAGGAGCAUCAACAUCAUCUUCAUCACCAUCAACAUCUAUUGCAUCGUCUAUUCCAGCAGCUACAAAUUUUGAUUUGA